GGGGGAGGUGCUACUCUGCCUCGCUGCCCAUGUCAUCCGCCAUUGCUCGCUACGAGUCAUUUCUGAUUCACAAUGUCUCUACCAUCUCAAGCGUUGAAUCGACCAUAAGGUCACUCUCGUGGUUCCUGCCAGGGAGGUUCAAAGAUGCUGAGCUGGCCUCAGAAGCUCUCGUGUCUUUGCUCAAUACAUUGAGUUUAUACCAUGACACCUUGCUGUCUCGCAUCAUCCAUAACGAUCCCAAAUAUCGACCUCUCAUCCCUUCUUCACUACACUCACGCUACACCCGUGCAUGGUCUGACCGGGACAACCGAUACAAAUGGGCGGCGAGAGCUCUGGAGCUAAUACGAUUUGUGGAGCUUGUUAUUGAGAUGGGCUUGAAGCGAAAGGCAUCAGCCAAGAACAAAUGGCGGGGAAUAGUUCUGUUGGAAUCCAUCAAAGCUGUUUUGCGUCUCGUUCUGCUUCGGAUCACCCGAAGACCACUGGUCACGCCCCCAAUACCGGAGAGGGAAUUCGACCCAUCGACACUACCGCCCUCCAACACGUCCUCUCCUACCCUUGCCCCUUCGUCUCCUCGGUCCUCAUCUCCCAUCUCUACCCCGGAUCAUCUCAAGAACAACCAUACCGCUUUGCCGCCUCACACCCUCCUUACUACCCCACCCCCGCUUUCGAUGCCUUCCCCUGUAGAAGAUUAUCUGCUCCCUAAGGCCCUCACCAUUUCAGCGGUAAAGACCCCGACAGCGUUGAUGAAGACUCUCUCAAGCCCGAAAGACUGGCUUGCUGAAGUCAUCUAUGCCAUUCGACCGCUGAUUUAUGCGGUUCUGCUGUCCAGAGACCCCCACUCUAAUCAGCCAUUUAUGACUUCCAUCAUGAUUGAAAUCCUGUCGCGAAAUCUCCGGCGUACGCCGUCGCCAUCCUCAGAACUUGAACGUGCGGAAUACGCGCGGAGAGACAGGCAUAUCCUGUGGUACCUGCUCCGCGGGUCGAUAUGGAGGGAAUUCACUAGGCCCAAGCUGGAGACCUUCGUGGAUAAAACGGCUAAUAUUCCGUUGCUGAACUUGUUCGGCUCUGUAGUGCAAGCUUGGAUUCCCUUGAUUAAUGAGUACUAUUAUUAUACCGCUCCUUGAAGUCUGGUUCCUAUCUGGCUCCCUGGGUAGGGUGUUACGGGUUAGAGGGUUGAUGUAGCAGUGGUGUUUUGCUCGUGUCGGCUCAUGCGACGCUCGUCAGCUACUGUAUAAUGGGCCACUUGGUCGAAGGUUCUUCUUCCAUGUCAUCGUUACUUGCACUAUACAACUGCUU